AUUAUCUAUGACAACAGGCUGAUGCAUUAGAAUGCAUUGGCAUGCAUACGUGCCCAGUAAUAAAUAACUUGUUCAUCAUACGUAUCUACUAUUCUGAAUACAAAGACUGGUUGCGAAGGGUAAAGGGCAAUGGAGAUGAACAAAUUUAAAGAAGAAGAAAUGGAAGAUGGGUCGGAAUCUGGGAUGGGAAAAGAUAAAGCAAAGAAUCUGGUUUGGGAAGAUGUCACAGUAUCGGUAAUGGCAGACAAUUACUGCUCCAGCAUGCUAAUGAGCAAAGCUGCAAACUACGGCAGGAAAUUGCUAAAUGGGGUAACUGGGUUUGCUUUGCCUCGUCGAAUUAUGGCUAUUAUGGGUCCUUCUGGUUCUGGCAAAUCUACCUUGCUUGAUGCAUUGGCUGGGAGGCUUUCACCCAAUGUUAUAAUGACUGGAAAUGUUUUGCUGAAUGGGAAGCAGAGGAGCAUAGGCUGCAGAAAAAUUUCUUAUGUCACUCAAGAAGAUUUUCUCUUGGGGACUCUCAGUGUCAGAGAAACCCUCACUUACUCAGCUAAGUUGAGGCUUCCUACAACAUUUACAAAAAAUGAAAUCAAUGCAGUAGUACAAAACACAAUGAUGAAGAUGGGAUUGCAGGAUUGUGCUGACAAAAAGAUUGGAAACUGGCAUUUGAGAGGAAUAAGUGGCGGUGAAAAGAGGCGACUUAGCAUUAGUCUGGAGAUAUUAACACAGCCUCACGUCAUGUUUCUUGAUGAACCCACUUCCGGGCUCGAUAGUGCUUCAGCUUUCUUCGUCAUUGAAGCUUUAAGAAAUAUGGCUCUUGAUGGAAGAAUAGUGAUUUGUUCUAUUCACCAGCCAAGUAGUUUUGUCUUUGAUUUGUUUGAUGACUUAUGCCUCCUCUCAAGUGGAGAAACCAUGUAUUUUGGAGAGGCAAAGGCAGCCAUCAAGUUCUUUUCCGAGGCUGGAUUUCCUUGUCCAACAAGGAGAAACCCUUCAGAUCACUUUCUUAGGUGUAUCAAUUCAGAUUUUGACAAGAUAGCUGCGAUUCAAUUACGGUCACAAAAAGAUUUUGGAUCUCCUGAAUCUUCAAAUUCUCAAAUCAAUCUGAGCACAGAAGAUAUCAAAGCAGUUCUUAUACAAAAAUACAUGAAUUCUGCAUAUUCAGUAGAUACAAGAAAACGGAUUCGAGAACUUACCCUUGUUCAUGAAGAGCUUGUGACUGGUCCAUAUAUGAACAAAGCCAGUUGGUGGAAGCAACUCUGCAUAUUAACUAACCGUUCAUUCAUAAACAUGACGAGGGAUCUAGCAUAUUACUGGAUACGGAUCCUAUUCUGUGUUCUAAUCGCACUUGGUGCUGGAAUUAUGUUCUUUGAUAUUGGCUUAUCAAGCUCAGCAAUCUUAGCAAGAGUUAAAUGUUACACAUAUUUUUUCGACUUCUUGCUUUGCUUGUGUGUUGGAGGCUUACCCUCUCUCAGUGAAGAAUGGAAGGUAGUGUACUAUGAAAGAUACAAUGGACACUAUGGAGAGGGUGUGUUUGUGCUUGCCAAUUUCCUUUCAUCGCUCCCUUUCUUGGUGAUCAUCAGUCUAUCCUCUGGAAUUAUAAUCUAUUACAUGGUGAAAUUUCACCUGGGAUUCUCCAUCUAUUGCUAUUUCUGUAUCAAUCUCUUCUGCUGCGUUGCUAUUAUGGAGAGUAUCACAAUGAUUGUUGCAUUACUUGUACCCAACUUCCUGAUGGGAAUAGGCAUUACAGCUGCUGUGAUUUGUUGCAAUCUUCUUCCAAUGCUGAUGCUUUUGACGAUUGCAGCUGGACUCUAUAGGCAACUGGCUUAUCUUCCCAAGUUUUUCUGGCAGUACCCAAUGAGCUAUAUCAGUUUUACGGCCUGGGCUGUACAGGGUCAACACAAAAAUGAUGUGAUUGGUCUCGAGUUCGAACCAUGGGUGCCUGGACAGCCAAAGCUUAAGGGCGAGAGGAUCCUUGAGACUGACUUAGGAGUCAACUCGAACCACUCCAAGUGGUGGGAUUUGGCUGCUCUCUUCUUCAUAUUUUUGUGUCACAGGGUUGUUUUCUUUAUGGUACUAAAAUACAAGGACAGGGCAGUAUUGCUAUUGCACAGGCUCUUUGCCAAACAGAGUUUUGAACCCCUACGCAAAACGAUUUCAGAUUCUUUUAGAAGGGAAAAAUAUACCUCCUCUAAGAGACACCAAUCGCUCCAUCCAUUGUCUUCUCAAGAAGGCCUUGCAUCACCAUUGCCUUAGCACUUGUGUGUAAUUUUUCAAAUACUAUGGUAAUCAUGUUUAUAAAUUAAUUACGGGUAUAAAUCAUUUUCAA